AAGAGCGUAGUGGUGGCGGGGUGGGUUCACGUGAAUCUCAAUUUCUCUCGCGAUAUUUUGCAGAGCUUCCUGACAGCUGAAAACAUGGCAGACGAACACGGGCGAAAAUGGGACCGCUGUCUUGCUGAUACAGCCGUGAAAACAGUAACUGGCCUUGCUGUGGGCGUUGUGUUCUCCGUCCUUCUCUUUAAACGUCGCACGUGGCCUGUCUCACUUGGUUCAGGUUUGGGACUGGGCAUGGGGUACGCCAACUGCCAGCAUGACUUUAGGUCACCAUACCUGGUUCAUGGCAGAAUGGUUAAGGACCAGUAGUUAAGGACAAAAGAUGAGCAGGAUUUGCCAUGAAGUUCGCUCAUCCAUUUCGGUGUUGUUGUUUUGCUCCUCAUUUCUGUCCUGGCACUAACGUCCAAUGAUUCCCACAUUGUGUUUAGCAAAUGGCAGUCAAUGUAUAUUUAAUAAAGCGAUUUUGGAAAACUCU